CGCUAGAGAUGAACUCAAAGUUGGUCGAAGUGACCAACAUCAUUCAAAAAAACAUCAUGAAUAUAUGUUACGAGAUCAUGAAGAUAAUUAUCGCCGGGUCAUGAACGAACUUAAAGUCUUAUCUCAAUAUCUGCUCGAUUAUAAAAGAACUUUUGAGAGGUUCAUGCAAAAUAUUAGUCCGAAUAAGAAAAUGCGAUGUGAAAAUGAGGAUCUGAAGAUGCAGUUGCAGGAGGCGGAAAAAAAGCUGGCAUCUAUGAAGUCAUUAGCUAGGGCACUUUUUUCCUUACUCUUUUUAGAUCAAAGACAAACAAACUACUUUUACUCACGUAUCUAUUAA